CAGAGAAGGCUUGUGUGGGGAAACCAAGAGACGAUCUGGGCCCUCUCAUGGGAUGCUUUGACAGCUCGACCAUCCCGAAGAACAGUGGCGAUGGCCAAGCCCAAGAAAGAUUUUGGCAAGCACCAAUGCAGACCCCUCUUCUUGUACAGCUGUGGACGGGAAUCAACGAUCUGGGAGCGUCCCCUGCUAGUGGAUUUUGGCUUUCCUUCUGAUCGGCUGCUGAAGUUGUCUGAACCUAAAAAAUGCCCGUCCGCCUACCUGCAGCAAAGACCUCGCCAGUCCCCUGAGUGGCUUGUGUCACCAGCUGCACUGAACUAUAAGGCCUCCCCACGGAUCCUGGAUCUUGCCCGGCCAAAGGUGCUGCACCCAGAGUUCCGGCUGGCCAGAGAGGUGCCAACACGGGUUAAAACCGCUGCGGUCUUGGCCAGAGCAUCCUCGAGGUUACAGCAUCUCGCAGAGCCCCGGGCCAGGGAGGUGACCUGCUGCUAUCAGUUCAGCCUUCCUGAAUCUGUCAUUCGGCCGGUUUCCAAGUUGGCUCAGGAGGCAGUUGCGAGCCCUCGGACGCUGGAGCUGGCCAGGGCAAAAAGAUUGCACCCUGACUACGUGCCCCUGCGGGAUGCUGAGUGGCCAGUGACCAAGGCUGCAAAGCAGGCGGUGGCCACACCAAGGCUCGUGGAACUGGCUCAGCCUUGCCAAAGGCCUCCUGUGAACUCGGCUCGAUUCAACCCAGACGCCUUCACGGUGAAGGAGACUGCUAAGAAGGCAACUUGUUCGGCUCGGAUCCAAGACCUGGCUCGUCCGAUUAAGCGCUGAGCUCCCUCAGAAACGCAGCCUGCUGCUUGUGCCAGUUGUCCCCCUCACCCCUUGGAACACUGCCCGCUUUGGGCUGUGCUGUGGCUGGAAAACCUACUUGAACACAGCGCAGAGGCAGCACCCAGCAGGGACACUUUCGUCCAAGCAGCUACUUUUACUGGGCUCAUCUGGGGAGUUAAAUAAAAUGGUCAUUCCUUAA